AUGGGAAUAUACGAGAAGAACCCUAUCUGGGACGAUGUGUUACCAAUAGCACAAGAUGAUGGGGAGGGUGCUUUAGCACAAAUCGCAUACACAGAUGAAUACGCAGAAGCAAUGGGAUAUCUCCGCGCCGUAAUGGCAAGCAAAGAAUACUCGCCCCGUGUCCUCGAACUCACCGAACACAUCAUCACCCUCAACGCAGCCCACUACACCGUCUGGCUCUACCGCGCCACCACUCUCUUCGCCCUCUCCUCUUCUGUCCCCGACGAACUUGCAUUCGUCAAUGAAAUCGCGCUGGAAAAUCAGAAAAAUUACCAGAUAUGGCAUCAUCGGCAACUCCUAAUCGAUUAUCUCUACCCCUCCAUUUCCUCCUCGCCUUCAUCACUCAAAGCGCUCGCAGACUCGGAACGAGGUUUCCUAACACAGAUGUUUAACGAAGAUGCGAAAAACUAUCACGUUUGGAGUUAUAGACAAUAUUUGGUUAUGAAAUUGGAUAUGUUUAAUGAGACGGAACUAAGGAGUGUGGAGGAAUUAAUAAAAAGAGACGUGAGGAACAAUAGCGCCUGGUCCUAUCGAUUUUUCCUGGUAUUUUCGGACCCGAAAUAUGCGACCAAGGGAACGAGGGCAAAUGAAUUUGAUGGGAACAUUCCAAAGGACAUCAUGGACAGGGAAAUCGAGUAUGCGAAAUCGGCAACGUAUGAGGCGCCGCAGAAUCAGAGUUCGUGGAAUUAUUUGAAGGGGGUGGUGAGGAAAGGGGGGGUGAAGAUGCAGAGUAUGGAGGGGUUCGCGGGAGAUUUUGUUAAGCUGGGGGACGCGGAUGGGAAGGGUGAGGAUAUAAGGAGUAGUCACGCGCUAGACUUUUUGGCGGAUGCUUGGGGAGAGAGGAGGGAGUGGGAGAUGGCUGAUAAGGCGUUGGAGUUACUUGGGUAUAAGUAUGAUAAAAUUCGAAAGAAUUAUUGGGAUUGGAGGAGGGGGUUGUUGAAGGAGAUGAGGGGGUAG